GCAGCUGAAACAAAAAACUAAAAAAAAAAGAAGAAUAUGGUCUGAAAAGUGGCUUUUAAAGCGGCAAGAUGGAAGAGGUGUUCUACAUAUGUUAGAACAAGAAUUGCGAACGGAGGAUCCAGAAUCUUAUCGCCAAUUUAUUAGAAUGUGUGGACAACAUUUUGAUGAACUUCUUGAAUGUAUACGAAGUGAUAUUGUGAAACAAACCACUAACAUGAGAGAAAGUAUUUCUGCUGAAGCAAGGUUAGCAUUAACUCUAAGAUUCCUUGCAACAGGAGAAACUUAUCGAUCUCUAAUGUUUGCCACCCGAAUACAUGAAAGCACCAUUAGCUUGAUAAUUCCUGACGUUUGUAAUGCAAUCUGUGAAAAAUUAAAAUCUGUAUAUUUACAGAUGCCAACUACAGAAUUGGAGUGGAGAGUUAUUGCCUCCGAGUUUCAAAAACAUUGGAAUUUUCCAUUAUGUCUAGGUGCCAUUGACGGAAAACAUAUAAAUUUUAGGCCUCCACGAAGUUCAGGAUCAUACUACUUUAACUAUAAAGGGGAUCACAGUAUUGUGCUUCUUGCAGUUGCAGAUGCAUCUUACAAAUUUCUGUACGUUGAUAUUGGUGUCAAUGGUAGAGUAAGCGAUGGAGGAGUUUAUAGAGAAUCCUCCUUAAAAUGGGCAAUAGAUCAUAAUACAUUAAACUUUCCUCCCCAUGAAUGCUUACCUGGUCAAAAUACACAAUUGCCUUAUACAUUUGUAGCUGAUGAUGCAUCAAAGCAAGCAAAACCUAAAGGUGCCGCACGCUCGCAAAAGCAGACUGCCAAGGAGAAAAAGAGCGCAACUUGA